AUGCACUGGGCCAGGCGUGUGGAGCAGGAGAUUGACAGAGUCUUUCAACAAAUCACCGGAGCUCAGCAGUUGAAAGGGAUCUACAAUGAAGAAAGACGACGAUUCAGUCUGGUGAAGAAUCAGCCACGGAAGAUUGUGGAGAAGGUGGCCUCGGACAUUGAGAAGCUCCUGGCUAAGAAGCGCAAAGCACUUGAGAGGUUGGCCAGAGAAGCAGAGCGACUCCAGCGAGAGCAUCCCUGGCAGGAUGGAAUCAAGGAGCUGGAUAUGGCUUACUACGAUUCCAAGGCUGAGCUGGAUUAUUAUUCGAUGGAUGGCGAAGGAGAGGUGGAAAAUCCCUCCCACAUCAAGCUGGAGUUUGUCUAUGAUCCCAACUUCAAAAACAACGUCAACUAUUCCUACACGGCUGUUCAGAUCCCCACGGAUAUUUAUAAAGGAGCUCCAGUCAUUCUGAAUGAGUUGAACUGGACGCAGGCGCUGGAGAAAGUCUUCAUGGAGAACAGUCGGGAGGAUCCGUCAUUGCUGUGGCAGGCGUUUGGGAGCGCGACAGGAGUCACACGCUACUAUCCAGCAACACCGUGGAAAGCCCCCGAUAAGAUCGACCUGUAUGAUGUCAGGAGGAGGCCCUGGUACAUCCAGGGAGCCUCAUCCCCAAAAGAUAUGGUCAUUCUUGUUGAUGUGAGCGGCAGUGUCAGUGGACUCACGCUCAAACUGAUCAAAGCGUCAGUGAUGGAAAUGCUGGACACUUUGUCUGAUGAUGACUAUGUCAACGUAGCCAGGUUCAACGAGAAGGCCGAGGCUGUGGUUCCUUGUUUCAAACAUCUAGUCCAGGCUAACGUGCGCAACAAAAAGAUCUUCAAGGACGCGGUGCAGCAGAUGCAGGCGAAAGGCACCACUGACUACAAGUCCGGAUUUCAUUUUGCCUUCAACCAGCUGUUAAACAAGACAAAUGUCCCAAGGGCUAACUGCAAUAAAAUAAUCAUGCUGUUUACUGAUGGAGGAGAAGACAGAGCUCAGGACGUCUUCAUGCAAUACAACUGGCCCAACAAAACAGUUCGAGUAUUCACCUUUUCUGUGGGUCAGCACAACUAUGAUGUCACACCCUUACAAUGGAUUGCGUGUACAAAUAAAGGUUACUAUUUUGAGAUCCGUUCCAUCUGUGCUAUAAGGAUUAACACCCAGGAGUACCUGGACGUGCUGGGACGCCCUAUGGUUCUGGCAGGCAGCGAAGCCAAGCAGGUCCAGUGGACCAAUGUGUAUCAGGAUGCAUUGGGUCUUGGCAUGGUAGUGACCGGGACUUUGCCUGUAUUUAAUCUCACCAUGGAUGGAAACUCACAGCAGAAUCAGCUGAUAUUAGGUGUCAUGGGAGUUGACGUGCAUCUCGACGAGAUAAAGCGACUGACACCACGGUACACUCUUGGAGCCAAUGGAUACAUAUUUGCCAUUGAUCCAAACGGAUAUCUUCUCCUGCAUCCUAAUCUCAAGCCAAAGCUCGUGAACCUCCCUGAACCUGUGACGCUGGACUUCUUGGAUGCAGAGGUGGAGGACAGCAAUAAAGAGGAGAUCCGCAGACAAAUGAUUGAUGGAAGACCAGGGGAAAUGCAGGUCAAAACGCUUAUCAAGUCCAUUGACGAGCGAUACAUUGAUGAUGUGUACAGGAGUUACACCUGGACUCCUAUCAACGGCACGGAUUACAGUCUGGGUUUGGUACUACCCACCUACAACGAGUAUUACAUCCAGGCGGACCUGAGUGAUGUGAUGCUGCAGCUCCAGUACAUGCAGUCGCUGCUGCCCAGCUCCUUUGAAUUGUCAGGUCAUGUGUUUCUGGCUCCGAGGGAAUACUGCAAGCGUCUGCACAUCUCUGACAACAACACCCAGUUUUUGCAGAACUUCCUUUCGCUCAUGUUGGACAUGUCUCCAGAAUCUGAUGAGUGUGACCAAGGCCUCAUCCACAACCUGAUUCUGGAUUCUAGGAUUAUCGGGCAGCUGGCUUCUCGUGUGUGGAAGAACAAGGACCUGAAUUCGUACGGGUUCCUGGCGGUGUUUGCGUCGACAGAUGGAGGAAUAACACGGGUUUUCCCCAACAUAGCUGCUGAGAUGUGGGAGGAGGAUCCUGAACCUUUUAAUUCAAAUUACUACAGACGAAGCCUGGACAACAGAGGAUACAUGUUCAGAGCUCCACUGAGAUCCUCCGUGGACGACCCUCUAGGUGCAGAAAAUGGUACUGUUGGAAUCCUGGUUAGUUCAGCAGUUGAGGUGAAUCUAGGCGGCAAACUGCUCAAGCCUGCAGUGGUUGGAGUGAAGCUGGACUUGGAAGCGUGGGUCGACAAGUUUAAGAUCCUGGCCAGCAACGUGUCGGACAGUCGACAGGGUUCACACAAGUGUGGACCAUCCAGAAGUUGCGAGAUGGACUGUGAAGUCAACACUGAUGACCUCCUCUGUUAUCUCGUUGAUGAUGGAGGGUUCCUGGUCAUGUCCAAUCAGAGAGAUCACUGGAAAAAGAUUGGACUUUUCUUCGGCGACGUGGACCCUUAUCUGAUGCACGCGCUCUACAACAACUCAAUUUUCUCCCGUCGUCAGUCUUUUCACUACCAGUCUGCGUGUGAGCCUGUUAGCAGCAGCCACACCGGUGCAGCACCCAGAGGCAUCUUUGUGCCGUCCAUUGCUGACAUGCUCAGCCUGGCCUGGUGGACGUCCACUGUGGCAUGGUCUCUGUUCCAGCAACUACUGUAUGGACUGGCGUAUAACAGCUGGCUCUAUCAAGACAACAUCCUCACUGAAGGCUUCGAGACAAGAGAAAGCAGCUGCGUCACCAUCCAAAGCCAGUUUUACUUUACAAACACCACUAACUCCUACAACGUGCUGCAGGACUGUGGAAACUGCUCACGUCUGUUCCAUGCAAAGCGGAUAGAAAACACCAACCUGCUGUUUGUCGUCGCUGAGACUCUGCCCUGCAGCUCCUGCGAGAUAGAGAGACUGACCCAGGUCAGGACAGAGUUUCAGGAGGAGAAUCCGUGUGAGGUACUGAGUAAUGCACGGUAUCGUAAAGGCCCGGCUUCCUGCUUUGACUACAGUGCCUUAGAAAACGCGUCAGAGUGUGGACGGGGUCAUUCUCUGCAGUCCUCAAUAGGAGUCCUUCUCUUUAUUCAGCUUCUCCUGCCUCUCUUUCAUCUCUGACACGUGCAAACACUCAGACAUCUUUCAUCUCUUUGGGUAAAGGCUCAGAUCUAGUGAAGGUCACAUCAAACAGCGAGUGCAGAACUCUCAUUUGAUCUACGAACAGCACAGGGGUAAAACGGAAAAAAACAUCUGGAUCAGCUCUUUGUGUUUUUUGCCUUAUUGCUUAAAUGCAUUUGUUGGUGUUUCAGGGCUUAAGUGCAACAUAUAGGUAAAGAAUGUGUGGAAUGUGCAUGCUACAUAGGACUAGGACACGCAUGACAUUUUUUAGACGCCAACUCCGCCACAUAAACUGUCUCACAAAAAGUCCGGGGAGGCAGCAGAAAUACACUUUUAACAGUUCAGUCAAUAAAAAAUAAACCAACCAGCAGGAACAGAUGUUAAAUGCAGUGAUGGCUCUACAGAGGAUCUAAAAACUUAGUGACGUGUUUUUACUUAAGUGUGGUUACAAUUCUGUAUCGCAGGAACAACUCUAGUCAAGUGCAGGCUCAUAUUUACUCAAGAAGAAGUUUCAAGAAUUGGCAACAAAAUGAACUUCAAAGAUCAAACAUAUCAUAUGACAGCAGAAGGCCCCCAUCAGUGUGAUAUUAUCUUGUUACUACUGCUGUAUUAACAUGUGCACAGCAUGUUAAUGUUGUAACUCACUGAUCAGUUUAACUAACAAUCCACAGUAUCAUGGUUAAAACUUUCAAAUGAGAAGUUGUAACUAGAAUGAACUGAGUAAUAACUAUAACAGAUUCAUUAAGGGAAGUAAAAGGUGCAGUACUUCGUUAUUUUCAGCACUUCCCUUGUAACAAAGCUUCAGUUUGGAUCAAGGAGCCUCUCGUAAAAACAUUGCUCAAUAGCUCCACAAGUGGUCAAAUACUCCACAAGGAACCUUUAAGUGGCAUAAAAUUGAAAUAUUCAAAGGUAAUUAAAAGCACCUGCAACACUAUACCCAGACACAGUACCUCGAUAAAUGGUCAGGGUCUUCCUGUGUGUAGUUUGUAUGUUCUCCCAGUGUCUGUCUGGGUUUUCUCCAGGUACUGCUGCUUCUUCCCACAGUCCAAAGACAAAGUAGAUUGGGGCUGUAGAAAUUGAAGACUCUAAAUUGACCAUAUAGGUGUGAAUGUGAGAGUGAGUGGUUCUUUCUCUCUAUAUGUCAGCCCUCUGACCUGUAGAUUGGACCUGGCCUCUCGCCCAAUGUCACCUGGGAUUGGCUCCAGCAGCACCCCCCUCUCCAAAAAGAAAACAUGGUGUAUCUAUAAUGAACGGAUGGAAGGAUGGAUGGACAGAGUCUAUUUUUAGAAACAACACUGCACAGGCGUCUGCUUUCACUCAGAGUUCUGUUAUCGUGAAGCCAAAACUUUGAUCGAGCAUUAAUCUGAGUUUUUAGAUCUCUCCUUGUUUAUUAUGUUGAACGAGGCUGACCGCACAGAUUUUUUUUGUAGGUGUGGAUUUACACACGUUUCCUGGGUGAAGUUAGCCUCGUCAUUUACACAACUUACGGUUGUGCACACUACACAUUUAUUAACAGCUUUAGCAUGGUCAUGUAAAUAAAUAUACAGAAUCAGCUGCUGGUUGAGCUUCAAAUGAAAUUAGCUCAGACUCUGCUUAUUGUAACUUUUGCUUUUGUGGUUUUCUUUCUUCUGCAUGUGCGGUCCUGGUAAAUGUCUUUUCUCGUGCACUUGUAGCGGUUACACGUUAAUAGAUCUGGGCCUUAACCUCACAUUCACUUCAGUGUCUUUCAGUCCUCCUCUGAUCUUUGCCAAGACAGUCUCAACAUUUUAAAUUGUUUCAUACGUGACAUGACCCAGAAUGCUUUCCUGCUGCCAUCUCAAGUAUGUUGAAUCUUUAAAUCCGUUAUUAAUAAAUUAUUUUCCUAGA